AGAGGGCCCAUUCCGGAGCAGAGUUGCAGUGCAGUGCGGAUGCAGGGACGUCCCUAGCUGGUGCGCUAUCGGAACACAGAGGAGCAUAAAAGCAGAAGGAAGCGCCCUAGCCCAUCCAUCUGCCGCCGUUUCUUCCAGAGGCCCAAGAGCCUGGAGCAUUCUGGCAUGGGGCUGCAACCGGGAACUUUCCUCCUGGGGCUGGUGCUGCUUCUGGGGCAAGGGACUAAUCAGAGCCAUACCUGUCCUGGAAAAAACAUGCUGGAAGGGCAGCGGUGGCCAGAGUUGAAGACGCUGAAGAAUUUUCCAUUCCCAUGCAACCCAAAGAAGCUAGGAUUGAAUAUGCCGUCUAAGUCAGUUCACUCUCUGAAGCCUUCUGAUAUUAAAUUUGUGGCAGCCAUUGGCAACCUGGAACCUCCUCCAGACCCAGAGUUGGUUGACCUGGAGAAGCAAAAAUGGACUGAGAAGAGGCCGCAGCAGACGUGCAUGGAAGCGAUGACAGUCCUUUCAGACAUCAUCCAGCAUUUCAACCCUUCUGUCCUGACGCCCAUGUGUCCUGGGGAAAGGGCUGUAGCCCACCAUGGUGCUGAAGACUUAUGGAUUCAGGCUCAAGAACUGGUGAGAAGCAUGAAGGAGAACCCACAACUUGACUUUCAACUUGACUGGAAGCUCAUCAACGUGUUUUUCAGCAACGCAAGCCAGUGUUUCCUGUGUCCCUCUGCUCAACAGGUCCCCAAAGCCUUUGUAAACCUGGUGGAUCUCUCCGAGGUGGCAAAGAUCUCUCACUGGCUGCAGGGGACUCAGCUCAGCCCCACACCAGAGUCCUGCAAUUGCCCAGAGGAGACCUCCAAGCUGGCUAAGGUCAUAAAGCAGUGGUCCUACCAGGAAGCCUGGGAGAGCCUCCUGGCCUCCAGCAAGUUCAGCCAGCAGGAGUUCUUCACCGUGGUUUUCCAGCCGUUCUUCUAUGAAAUCACCCUGUCACCAUCCUUGGUGAACCAGCCCAGUUCAGCCCCCUGA